UCGAAGCUGCCACAGGAUGAGGAGAGGAGAGGGCGAGUUUAAUCCAUCAGAUUCCAACCUAACUGCCAUGAUGGAGGACAACAUUUAACGAGAACGCUAUAAUGUAUCCAUAUAGUGCACUUUCGGCUUACUUGAAAAUUAGGAAUUUAUAUACGAGCUCGUCCGCGGGAUUUCUUAAUUGGAACAUUUCUGGAACUUUCUUUUGAAUAUUGCCUGGCUGAAAGCAAACCCGUGCUGUGGACACACGCGACCUCUGACAUCACGGAUUUACGCAGCGCUUGUUGACGAUCUGCGAGGCUGUGGGAGAUCCUUCCCAGUCUGUGGUUGGUGAAUCCGGUGUCCAAGAAGACCGCCUCUCUCCGCGUCUGUCCAGUGCGUUAAAGCGAGUAAGGCGUCUCAGAGAGGAGGUACCGGGAUGAAAACGAAAAACGUUUUUUUUUUGCGAUUUCGCUGAAUUUUAUAAGGGGAUUACGGUUCUGUUGCCUGCCUGUUUGCCUGCCAAUUUGGGUCACCUGCUUAGCUCCAAGGCGCUUUUAUUAGGCUCCACAUUCCUGCCCAGUGUUGAAUUAAUCUUUACCCUUCAUGUCGCAUUGGAAUAAUUUCAUCUAUCAUGGAUUUGAUUUUCUUUUACAAAGUCAACGUUGAGGCUCGGUUAGACAUCCUAUAGAUCCGGACACUGUAAGCUACCAUCGAACUCACCCAUAUAGCGCAACAUCAGGAGGGGAACAUGGCCAAAAAUGCCCCAGGCGGACCGUUGCGGGAUGACUUAAGCAAGCUCUCCGGAGAGGAGCUCUCCAGGCUCGGCAAAGACGAUCUGAUCAGGAGGCUACGGAAAACGGAUAACGAGAAAAUGUACUUAAUGGUGGAGCACGGGAACAUGAUGAAAGAUGUGAACCGGAGACUACAGGUCCAUCUCCAUGAGAUCCGCAGUCUCAAAGAGAUCAACCAGAAGCUUCAGGAUGAUAACCACGAACUCCGGGAGCUCUGCUGUUUCCUGGACGACGACCGACAGAAGGGCAAGAAGCUGUCACGCGAGUGGCAACGCUUCGGCCGCUACACCGCCGGAUCGAUGUGGAAGGAUGUCGGGGUGUACCAUCAGAAGCUGAAGGAUCUGGAAGCCAACCAGGACUCUGUGAUGCGGGAGAACCUGGAACUGAAAGAGAUCAUUCUGAUGCUGGAUGAGGAGAGGAACGGAGCCGGGUCACGGAGCUCCAUAGAUUCCCAGUCCAGCCUGACCAACCUGAACGGGGGCACGGGAACCGUUAGGGACGUCGGGGACGGGAGCAGUACCUCCAGCACCGGCAGCGCCGGUAGUCCUGACCACCACCACAACCACGUACACAAGCCAAACGAGGGAAAAAUAGCAUCCCUGCGGAGGUCUAUGGACGACCUAUCGCUGGCGUCACACAUCCACCUGCGCAUUCCAAAUGGACUGAAUGAUCCAUCUUCAAACUACAUGAGACAAUUGGAGACCAAGGUCAGCAUCCUAGAGGAUGACAACAAGCAGCUGCUAUCACAGCAGGCUAACAGUGGUGAUCUGAACAGUCUGAGGAAGGGUCUGUCUCUCUACCACUCUGAGUCUCAGCUCUCCUCUCUCACACAGUACCAGCAGGACGCCGUGCAGAAUGGCUCCGGUAGGACCCCUAGUGGUGAGCCAUCCCCCCCAGCAGACUACCUCCCUGUGGGCCAGAAGCCCGAGGCUGUGGUCCAUGCCAUGAAGGUGCUCGAGGUCCAUGAGAAUCUAGAGAAGAAAAUCCCUGAAGACUACGACAAGGACCUCAGUGAGAAGGAGAAGGCCAUUGUCAGGGAGAUGUGUAACGUGGUGUGGCGUAAACUGGGUGACGCUGCGGGCUCCAAGCCUUCAAUCCGCCAGCAUCUCUCUGGGAACCAGUUCAAAGGGCCUUUGUAGUCCCUAGGACGACAUUAACCAGCACUCAAACGAGACAAACGGACAGACAAAUAAAUAAACAACAACAACAACAAUGGAUCCUCAGCACUGACUGGACAAAGGGACACACCCUCUCCUACUCUCUCAGCACUGUGACCGUGGCUAGAUGAUCCAGACAAACCCUAACCUAAACCCAGCCCACUGCCUCUGUAUCUGUGAUAUCCAUCUUUGGCCUCCCUUAACCUCAUGCCCUGGUGGAUAUUGGAAUGGUGACCUAACCUGGGUAGUGGCUACAGGCAAUUUCAGAUUAGGGCAAAACAGACCGUGGCGACGAAUGGUUUGAAACAGCGGGUGGCCGUCCUAUCGCCUCCACAGCACAACAGAGCAUCUGCCUUCAUUUUCUGUCCAAUGCCUGACUAUUCUACAUUUUGAAUCACCACCGUCAGUUGACAGUUAUGGUGUGUUUUUGAAGAAGAGGAAGAUGAAGGAAGGAUAGGGGCACAAGGCAUGCAUUACCAACUAAACUCUCCCUUACAACCUCACAACCAGUCACGACAGUACUGAGCUACUAUACCUGUGACCUGUUCUACAGUACUACACCUGACAGUCCCAACCAGUCACGACAGUACUGAGCUACUAUACCUGUGACCUGUUCUACAGUACUACACCUGACAGUCCCAACC